CGAGCAGCCGCCUCCGCCCCUCGCAGGGCUCGCGGCGGGGCUGUGCGUCCGGCAGUGGGGCAGCUCUGGUGGGAGCCGCCCGGGAGCCGGUGAACCGAGCGGUCUCGGGCGGCCAGGCGCUGGACGAAGGAGUGCGGUGGGCGGCUGCCGUGUCCACCGCGGCUGAGGAAAAUGGUGUUCGAGUCGGUGGUCGUGGAUGUGUUGAACCGGUUCUUGGGGGACUAUGUGGUGAACCUGGACACGUCCCAGCUCACUCUGGGCAUCUGGGGAGGAGCUGUGGCCUUGAAGAAUCUUGAAAUUAAAGAAAAUGCUCUGAGUCAACUGGAUGUACCAUUUAAAGUUAAAGUUGGUCAUAUAGGUAAUCUUAAUCUUACAAUUCCAUGGAAAAACCUGUAUACUCAACCAGUUGAAGCUGUCCUGGAAGACAUUUAUUUACUCAUAGUGCCUUCUUCUCAAAUAAAAUACGAUCCUGUAAAAGAAGAAAAACAACUCUUGGAGGCAAAGCAAUAUGAACUGAAGCGAAUAGAAGAAGCAAAACAAAAAGUAGCCGAUCAAGAAAAACAUCAGGUGGAGAAACCGGACACUUUCACAGAAAAAUUAAUUACUCAGAUCAUAAAAAAUCUUCAAGUGAAAAUUUCCAACAUCCAUAUUCGUUAUGAAGAUGAUAUCACAAAUCGAGACAAUCCGUUGUCAUUUGGUAUUUCCCUUCAAAAUCUCAGCAUGCAGACAACUGAUCAAUUCUGGAUUCCAUGUUUACAUGAUGAAACUGAGAAACUCUUUCGUAAGUUAAUCCGAUUGGAUAACCUUUUUGCCUAUUGGAAUGUGAAGUCUCAGUUGUUUUACCUUAAUGAUUAUGAUGAAUCAUUGGACAGCUUGAGGAAUGGUAUUGUCAAUAAAAAUAUUGUUCCAGAAGGUUAUGAUUUUGUGUUUCGCCCCAUAUCUGCUAAUGCCAAACUUCAGAUGAAUCGGCGAUCGGAUUUUGACUUCUCUGCACCCAAGAUAAACCUGGAAGUUGAGUUACAUGAGAUAGCAAUUGAAUUUAAUAAACCACAGUAUUUCAGCAUUAUGGAGCUUCUUGAGUCAGUUGAUAUGAUGACGCAAAAUCUGCCAUAUAGGAAAUUCAAACCUGAUGUACCUCUUCACUAUCAUGCCAGAGAAUGGUGGACUUAUGCUAUACAUGGUAUUCUGGAAGUAAAUGUCUGCCCCCGGUUACGGAUGUGGUCAUGGAAGUAUAUUAGAGAACACAGGCAAAAAAUGAAGCAGUAUAAAGAACUGUAUAAAAAAAAGAUAACAACUAAAAAGCCAACUGGUGAACUUCUCCUCUCUUUGCAGGAGUUGGAAAAGGUCUUGGAUGUAUUUAAUAUAACUAUAUCAAGACAACAGGCAGAAGUUGAGGUAAAGAAAGCUGGAUACAGGAUUUACAGAGAAGGAGCAAAAGAUUCGGAGGAUAAUAAAGGAUGGUUUAGCUGGCUGUGGACUUGGUCAGAACCAAGAAGUAAAGAACAGCCAGAUGUUAAGCCUGGAAUUCUUGAAGAAAUGUUGACACCUGAAGAAAAAGUUUUACUCUAUGAAGCAAUUGGCUACAGUGAAACAGCAGUUGAUCCAACCUUGCCUAAAACAUUUGAAGCCAUGAAGUUUUUUGUUCACUUGAAAAGUAUGUCUAUUGUUCUAAGAGAAAAACGAGAAACACCUGAACUGUUAGAUAUUGUAGUGGAAGAAUUUAGCACUUUGAUCGUGCAAAGACCAGGGGCACAAGCAAUUAAAUUUGAAACCAAAAUUGAUUCAUUUCAUGUCACUGGCUUACCAGAUAAUUCAACAAAACCUCACCUCCUUUCUUCCUUGGAUGAUGCUACGUCACUCUUCCAAAUUAUAUUCGAGAUAAAUCCGUUAGAUGAAACUGCUGCUCAAAGGUGUAUCAUAGAAGCUGAACCUUUAGAAAUGAUAUAUGAUGCGAGAACGGUGAAUAGUAUAGUGGAAUUUUUCAGACCUCCAAAAGAGGUAAAUCUAGCACAGCUCACUUCAGCAACUUUGAUUAAACUUGAAGAAUUUCGUGACAAGACAGCAACAGGUCUACUAUAUAUUAUUGAAACACAGAAAGUUCUUGAUCUCAAAAUUGAUUUGAAGGCUUCAUACGUUAUUAUCCCACAGGAUGGAAUUUUUAGCCCCACAUCAAAUCUGCUUAUUUUGGAUCUUGGUCAUCUAAAGGUGACAAGUAAAAGUCGUUUGGAGUUACCAGAUAUGAAACAAGGUGGGGCCAGACUUGAAGAGAUAAUGCAUAGAGCUUAUGAUUCCUUUGAUGUUCAGCUUACAAGCAUACAGCUGCUUUACAGCACAGUUGGUGAUAAUUGGAAAGAAGCUCGAAAACUUAAUGUAUCUACACAACAUAUUUUGAUACCUAUGCACUUCAAUGUGGAACUUGCUAAGGCCAUGGUUUUUAUGGAUAUAAGGAUGCCCAAAUUCAAGAUAUUUGGAAAGUUACCACUGAUUUCUUUACGAAUCUCAGAUAAAAAACUGCAAGGGAUUUUGGAAUUGAUUGAAAGCAUUCCGAAACCCACACCUGCAACUGAAACAUACGCCCCUGUCAAACCAUUUCAGAUUCAAAGGUCGACUUCUUUGGGAACAUCACAGAUUUCACAGAAAGUGCUUCCUCUCCUGGAACUUCCAUAUGUCGAAGAUGAUUCAGAGGAAGAAUUUUUUGACGCACUGUGUAGUCCCUUGGAAGAGCCUCCUCAGUCUCCCACUGGAGUUAAAAGUUGUCAACAGAAAAAGUUUCAAAAGCCAGAUUAUACAAAAAAUAUGAUUCAGUAUAAAAUAAGAUUUGAAGUGCCAGAGGUUUUGAUUCAGUUUUAUCACCUUGUUGGAGAUUGUGAACUACCUGUGGUAGAAAUUGAUGUUUUAGGACUGGGCACAGAUGUUGAGCUUAGAACAUUUGAUUUGAAAGCAAAUGCCUUUUUGAAAGAGUUCUGCUUAAAAUGCCCAGAAUACUUUGAUGAAAACAAGAAACCAGUUUAUUUGAUUACAACGCUGGAUAAUACGAUGGAAGAUCUGCUAACACUGGAGUAUGUGAAGGCAGAAAAGAAUCUACCUAAUUUAAAAAGUACUUACAACAAUGUUGUGCAACUAAUUAAGGUGAAUUUUUCCUCUUUGGAUAUUCAUUUACAUACUGAAGCACUUCUGAAUACAAUAAACUAUUUUAAUAAUGUACUCCCACAACUAGAAGAAAAACGAGCCUCUGUGUCUGUUGCGGAGACUGAAGACAAAGGAGAGGUCAUUAAAAAAAUGUCUUUAAAACUACCCAAGAACGAAGAUAUUAUUACCUUGCAGAUUUUGGCAGAAUUAUCUUGUUUACAGAUCUUUAUUCAAGAUCAGAAACGUAACAUUUCUGAAAUUAAGAUUGAAGGGCUUGAUUCUGAGAUAAUAAUGAGGACUUCAGCCACUGAAAUAAAUGCAAAGCUAAGGAAUAUAAUUGUCUUGGAUUCUGAUAAAACAGCUUUAUACAAAAAGGCCGUUUACAUCACUGGAAAAGAAGUUUUCAGCUUCAAAAUGGUCUCUUUUGUGGAUGCAACUGCUGGUUCUGCAUACACAGAUAUGAACGUGGUUGACGUUCAAGUUACUUUAACUGUUGGUUGCAUUGAAGUAGUUUUUGUCACAAAAUUUCUAUGUUCUAUAUUGGCUUUUAUAGAUAAUUUUCAAGCGGCUAAACAAGCUUUGGCUGAGGCUACUGUUCAGGCAGCAGGAAUGGCGGCUACUGGUGUAAAAGAACUGGCACAGAGGAGUUCUAGAAUGUCAUUGGAUGUUAACAUCAAAGCCCCAGUGGUGGUCAUCCCACAGUCUCCAGUUUCUGAAAAUGUUUUUGUUGCUGAUUUUGGACUAAUUACAAUGACAAAUACAUUCCAUAUAAUAACAGAGAGCCAGAGCAACCCCCCACCCAUUAUUGAUUUGAUAACAAUAAGGCUGAGUGAAAUGCGACUAUACAGGUCUCAAUUUAUUGAUGAUACAUACCAGGAAGUACUGGAUCUGCUACUGCCAUUAAAUCUUGAGGUGAUUGUUGAGCGAAAUUUAUCUUGGGAAUGGUACCAGGAGGUUCCUUGUUUUAAUGUAAAUGCUCAGCUAAAGCCCAUGGAGUUCAUUCUUAGUCAAGAAGAUUUAACAACUAUUUUUAAGACAUUACAUGGCAAUGUAUGGUAUGAAGAAGGUUAUGGUGCCUCACCUGCAGGAGUAAAAGAUGAACAUAGUAUUACUAGUGGAGCUAGUAAUGCUUCACACCAUUUAGAAGGAACAACUGUAGUGACAGCUGCUGUGGUAGAAAUACAUUCACAGGCCUCUCAAGUUAAGACAACGCUAAAUAUGAGUUUCAAAACUGAUUAUCUCACCAUGGUACUAUAUAGUCCAAGUCCUGAGCAGACUUCCUUUACAGAUGUUCGUGAUCCUGCUCUGAAACUUGCUGAAUUUAAGUUGGAGAAUAUUAUAAGCACUGCAAAGAUGUAUACAGAUGACUCAGUAUUUUCUUCCUUCUCAUUAAAAAACUGUAUUUUAGAUGAUAAAAGACCUCAUGUCAAGAAGGCAACUCCUAGAAUGAUAGGACUGACAGUUGGGUUUGACAAAAAGGACAUGAUGGAUGUAAAGUAUAGGAAAGUCAGAGAUGGUUUGGUGACUGAUUUAGUCCUUCAAGAAAUGUAUAUUUGUGCCAGUGUAGAAUUUCUGCUGACAGUUGCAAACGUCUUUCUUGAGGCCUUCACCACAGGCACGGCUAUAGAAACCAGUGUUCAAACAUGGACUGCUAAGGAAGAAGUACCUGUACAGGAAAAAGAGAAGUGGGAAGUUAAUAUUAUUAUUAAAAAUCCUGAAAUUGUGUUUGUGGCUGAUAUGACACGAAGUGAUGCUCCUGCCUUAGUCAUUACAACACAAUGUGAAAUUUGUUGGAAAGGUGACCGUGAGAACAGUACAAUGACUGCUGCCAUUAAAGAUCUUCAAGUGAGAGCAUGCCCAUUUCUUCCAGUCAAGAGAAAAGGCAGAAUCACUACGGUUUUGCAGCCCUGUGACUUAUUCUAUCAAGCUACUCAAAUAAGUGCAAAUCCACAAGUGAUUGAUAUAUCAGUAAAAUCCUUGACACUGAAGGUUUCACCAGUUAUCAUAAAUACUGUGAUUACCAUAACGUCAGCACUUUAUACAUCUAAGGAAACCAUCCCCGAGGAUACUGCUUCUUCUACAGCACAUUUAUGGGAAAAGAAGGAUACUAAGAGUUUAAAAAUGUGGUUUCUUGAAGAACCAAAUGAAGUUGAAAACAAAGCUCCCACAACUGAAUUGAUUCUCAGAGGAGAGAUCAUAAGAGUGAACAUUGAUUCUAUUUUUAUAGUUCUUGAGGCUGGAGUUGGUCACAGAACAGUGCCUAUGCUGUUAGCAAAGUCACGUUUUUCGGGGGAAGGCAAAAACUGGAGUUCCUUGAUAAAUCUAUACUGUCAGCUUGAAUUAGAAAUGAUGAUUUAUAAUAAAAACUUACAAACAUACAUAUUCCAUUUAGCACCCACUAACCACUCUACUGCUGAUAAGAUUCCUUUAACAAAAGUGGGACGACGACUAUACACCGUAAGACACAGAGAGUCUGGGGUUGAAAGAUCUAUUGUUUGUCAAGUCGAUGGAGUGGAAGGAAGUAAGAAGGUAACAAUUCGUUCUCCAGUGCAGAUUAAAAAUCAUUUUUCAAUUCCACUUUCUGUUUAUGAAGGGGACACUUUAUUGGGAACAGCUUCACCUGGAAGUGAAUUCAACAUACCAUUAACAUCUUACCGAUCACCUCUUUCUCUGAAGCCAGAAGAUGAGGACUAUGAAGUGUGUGAAAGAAUUGACUUUGAAGAAAUUAUAAAAAAUGAAGGCACUCUUCUAAAGAAGAUAUGUAGAUCUAUAAACGCUGCUAAGAAACCAUUUAUUAUUAAUGUUGUCCCAGAAAAAGAUAAUUUGGCAUCUCUCUCCGUGUAUUCAGAAGAUGGUUGGGACUUACCAUACAUAAUGCAUUUGUGGCCGCCUAUCCUCCUCCGAAAUCUUCUUCCUUACAAAAUUGCUUAUUAUAUAGAGGGGAUUGAACACAGAGUUUAUACUCUAAAUGAAGGACAGUCAGCCCAUAUUUGUACUGCGCAGUUGGAUAAAGCCAGACUACAUUUAAAAUUACUUGACUAUCUUAAUCAUGAUUGGAAAAGUGAAUAUUGUAUAAAACCUAAUCAGCAAGAUAUUAGUUUCAUCAAUUUCACCUGUGUUACAGAAAUAGAAAAGACUGAUUUAGAUAUUGCUAUCCAUGUAACUUAUAAUAUUGGCCAGACCAUUGUGGCGUUUCAUAGUCCUUAUUGGAUGGUCAAUAAAACUGGUCGAAUGUUACAGUAUAAAGCAGAUGGAAUUCAUCGAAAGCAUCCACCUAAUUACAAAAAGCCUGUUCUUUUUUCUUUUCAACCAAAGCAUUUUUUUAAUAACAAUAAGGUUCAGCUUAUGGUAACUGAUAGUGAAUUGUCAGAUCAGUUUUCAAUUGAUACUGUUGGGAGUCAUGGAGCUGUUAAAUGUAAAGGCCUGAAAAUGGAGUAUCAAGUUGGUGUCACUAUAGACCUCAGCAGUUUUAACAUUACCAGAAUUGUGACUUUUACCCCUUUUUAUAUGAUUGAAAACAAAAGCAAAUACCAUAUAUCGGUGGCUGAAGAGGGAAAUGAUAAAUGGCUCUCUCUUGAUUUAGAGCAGUGUAUUCCCUUUUGGCCUGAGGAUGCUUCUAAUGCACUGCUUGUUCAAGUUGAAAGAAAUCAAGGCCCUCCCAAAAAGAUACAUUUUAACAAGCAAGAAAAUUGUAUUUUAUUGCGUCUGGAUGAUGAGCUUGGAGGUGUUAUAGCAGAGGUUAAUUUGGCUGAACAUUCUACAGUUAUUAGAUUUUCAGAUUAUCAUGAUGGAGCAGCUACAUUCCUGUUAAUAAAUCACACCAAGAGUGACAUUGUUCAGUACAACCAAAGUUCUCUCAGUGAGAUAGAAGAUUCCCUCCCUCCUGGAAAAGCAGUAUUUUAUACAUGGGCUGAUCCAGUGGGCUCUAGAAAGCUGAAGUGGAGAUGUGGAAAAAGCCACGGUGAAGUAACACAAAAGGAUGAUAUGAUGACACCUAUAAAUUUGGGGAAAAAGACCAUUUAUUUAGUUUCAUUCUUUGAAGGCUUACAGCGCAUUAUUUUAUUCACUGAAGAUCCAAGGGUAUUUAAAGCAACAUAUGAAAGUGAGAAAGCAGAGUUAGCGGAGCAAGAAAUUGUGUUGGCCUUACAAGAUGUUGGAAUUUCCCUCGUCAACAAUUACACAAAGCAAGAAGUAGCCUAUAUUGGCAUUACAAGUUCUGAUGUGGUUUGGGAGACAAAGCCCAAGAAGAAGGCAAGAUGGAAGCCAAUGAGUAUAAAGCACACUGAGAAGUUAGAAAAAGAAUUUAAGGAAUAUACUGAAUCUUCACCUUCAGAAGAUAAGGUUAUUGAGUUGGACACUAACAUUCCGGUUCGCUUCACACCUAGUGGCACUAACAUGAAAAUUCUGCAACCACAUGUAAUAGCCAUACGAAGAAAUUAUCUUCCAGCAUUAAAAGUAGAAUAUAGCACAUCUGCACAUCAGUCAUCAUUUAGAAUUCAAAUUUACAGAAUACAGAUCCAAAACCAGAUACAUGGUGCUAUAUUUCCUUUUGUGUUUUAUCCGAUUAAACCUCCCAAGUCGGUCACCAUGGAUUCAGCUCCAAAACCCUUCACAGAUGUCAGUAUUGUUAUGAGAUCUGCAGGCCAUUCCCAGAUUUCACGUAUUAAGUACUUCAAGGUGUUGAUCCAAGAAAUGGAUCUCAGGUUAGAUCUUGGGUUUGUCUAUGCUUUAGCAGAACUUAUGACAGAAGCAGAAGUGACUGAAAAAACAGAGGUUGAACUUUUUCAUAAAGAUAUAGAAGCUUUCCAAGAAGAAUAUAAAACAGCUUCAUUAGUAGAUUCAUCACAAGUCAGUCUCUAUGAAUACUUUCAUAUAUCUCCCAUCAAGUUGCACUUAAGUGUUUCACUGCGUUCGGGUAGAGAAGAAGCUAAAGAUUCAGAAAAACAGGAAGGACUGAUGGCGGUUCAUUCCUUAAAUCUUCUGCUGAAGAGUAUUGGUGCGACUCUUACAGAUGUACAAGAUGUAGUUUUUAAGCUUGCAUUUUUUCAACUCAACUAUCAGUUCCAUACAGCAUCUGAACUACAAUCUGAAGUAAUAAGACACUAUUCAAAACAGGCCAUUAAGCAAAUGUACGUACUCAUUCUUGGGCUUGAAGUUUUGGGAAAUCCCUUUGGCUUGAUUAGAGAAUUUUCUGAAGGUGUGGAAGCAUUUUUUUAUGAACCUUACCAGGGAGCCAUCCAGGGUCCUGAAGAGUUUGUGGAGGGCAUGGCCCUAGGACUGAAGGCACUAGUUGGUGGAGCUGUCGGUGGAUUAGCUGGUGCUGCCUCUAAAAUCACCAAUGCUAUGGCGAAAGGGGUGGCAGCUAUGACUAUGGAUGAAGACUACCAACAGAAGAGAAGAGAAGCCAUGAAUAAGCAACCAGCGGGUCUUAGAGAAGGCAUUACUCGUGGAGGAAAAGGCUUAGUUUCUGGUUUUGUAAGUGGCAUAACAGGAAUUGUUACAAAACCAAUCAAAGGAGCUCAAAAAGAAGGAGCAGCUGGUUUCUUCAAAGGUGUUGGGAAAGGUUUAGUUGGAGCAGUGGCAAGGCCAACUGGAGGCAUCAUAGACAUGGCUAGCAGUACAUUUCAGGGAAUAAAAAGAGCUACAGAGAGUUCUGAUGAAGUGGAGAGCCUGCGACCCCCUCGAUUCUUUAAUGAGGAUGGAGUUAUCAGACCUUACAGGUUGAGGGAUGGGACUGGCAACCAAAUGUUACAGGUCAUGGAAAAUGGAAGAUUUGCAAAAUACAAGUAUUUUACCCAUGUCAUGAUCAACAAAACAGAUAUGUUAAUGAUAACUAAAAGCGGUGUCUUGUUUGUAACAAAAGGAACAUUUGGACAGCUUACAUGUGAGUGGCAGUAUAGUUUUGAUGAGUUUACCAAAGAGCCCUUCAUUGUUCAUGGGAGAAGAUUACGCAUUGAAGCAAAGGAACGAGUGAAGUCUGUAUUUCAUGCCAAAGAGUUUGGAAAAAUAAUUAACUUCAAGACCCCAGAAGAUGCUAGGUGGAUCCUCACGAAACUAGAAGAAGCAAGAGAACCUUCCCCGAGAUUCUGAUGGAGAAUACUGCCUGAAGAGAGACAACAAUAAAUCAUUAGAGUUUCUACCUUGUACCUUUCAAAACCAGUCUGGGAAGUACAGUACAGAAGUAAUUUCAAGUAAAUUAAAAAAAAAAAAAAAAUCAGUUACAAUCAGGUAAAACAAUCAGGUGAUUAAAAUAUUUCAACUCAUUGGAGAUCCAUUUGGUCUUCUAACUUGAAUCAUGCAUAUGGUUAAAAUUCUAAUUACUUUACAAAAGAAACAUUUAUUUGAUGAACCUUAAAUACUUGCUGCAAGUAAUUCUCUGCAGUGUAGAGAAAUUGCCCAUAUUUCACCCCACAUGGAGGUAAAUUUAAUGUUUCUAGUUCACAUUUUAAACUUCUGUCAUGAAGUUUAUAACUUCUAUCUUCAGACUCCCUGAAUCAGUGAUGGGGAAAUGAUCAAAUCAAACAUUGCCUCGGUAUCAAAAACUUUAGUGGUGGUUUCUUUAGAAACAUGAAGUUCUUUUUACAGAUAAAUAUUUUGGUAUUAUUUUCCUUAUUUUUUUAUAAAGGAUAGGUUUGAAUUAUACUUCCAUAGCAUGACUAUGAAAAACAUUUUUUAAUAUACUAUAAUACAGAUUGAGUAAUACCCCUUCAAGCUUGAAGCCUUAGAAAUACUUUCUCAAGCCAACUUCAUGGGAUCUACUCGGUUUACCCAAGUCACGUUUUUAACAUUGCUGACUUUACAGGAAAAUCCCUGAAGCCUUAAAAUAACAACUCUCCAUUCAUUGGAAAUAUGAAAUAAAAUUCCCACCAUCUUAGAUGUGAGUUAUGCUUCAGAACAGACAGCCCUUCUUGUAAGUAAAUAUAUGUACCCUAAAGUGUUAAUUACCUGUUCUGUCAGCAAAAGAUUGGGAAUUUCUGCUGUGCUUUCUGUACAGUUAUUCAAAUGAGAAUCACUCUUUUAAAAGCUCAUCAGAAAAAAAAUCAUGGACUGCACAUUAAUAAAAAUAAGGUCAUGGGGGGGUUUCUUGGUUUUUGUCCAAGGUCUUGUAAAUUAAUCUAAUAUGAAUGUACUUUUUCAAGUGAAAGGGGUUGGAUACAUGACUGCGAACCAUGAAGAGAACAAUGCAGUGUCUUAUUUCGUUACUGAAUAAUACAGAGUAUUUGAUGCAUGUCGUAUGUGCCAUGAAAUUAUUAUAAACUGUUUCUGGGAUUGGAGACUCUGGAUAGUAAUAAUUGUGAAAUUCUCCUCAGGGUCCUCAAACCCUUGCUUUGUUGUAAAAGCUAAAAUAAACAGCAUGCCAGACUGUAAUUGUAUUUCUUCCUGACCCUAUCCUGCUACUACUUUGAUUUUCCUCUGAUUAUAAAAACACAUUGUUUAUUAUCA